AUGAAGACCUUCACCACCUUCGCUUUUGCUGCCUCUGUGCUGGCACAGACUGUCAGCGGACACUACAUCUUCGAGUACCUCACUGCCAACGGCGUGAAGGGUGGUGCCUACCAGAACAUCAGGCAAAACACCAACAACAACUCGCCUGUGACCGACCUCGAGUCCAACGACCUCCGCUGCAAUGUUGGCGGUGCGGACGGCAGCUCGACCAGCACCGUCUCCGUCACCGCUGGCAGCUCCGUCGCUUUCACUGCCGACAUCGCUGUUUACCACCAGGGUCCCACCUCCUUCUACAUGACCAAAGUUGACGAUGCGGCGGCGGCGGACGGCAGCACUCCGUGGUUCAAGAUCAAGGAUAUCGGACCCACCUUCUCCGACGGCCAGGCGACCUGGGACCUCGAGACGACGUACAACGUGACCAUCCCCAACUGCCUGCCUGCCGGCGAGUAUCUUCUGCGCAUCCAGCAGCUCGCGAUCCACAACCCCUGGCCGUCCGGAAUCCCCCAGUUCUACAUCUCGUGCGCUCAGGUGAAGGUGACGGGCUCAGGAAGCGGCUCGCCCAGCCCGACCGUCUCCAUCCCCGGCGCAUUCAAGGAGACGGAUCCCGGCUACACUGUCAACAUCUACAACAACUUCAGCAACUACACUGUUCCCGGUCCGGAGGUGUGGACGUGCUAA